AUGAGCGACUCGAAGCACCCGACUUUGAUUGGCAAAGAGCUACGCAACCAGCUCGAAAGCCAUUUCGAUGAUUUGGUCAAGUCUGGGAAGGUCCAGCUCCCCGCUGGCACCCGCAUUUGUUUCGACCUCGAAGGGAUUCCCAAGCUGGUGGACGUGCCAUAUCCCGCCAUUUCGAAGCAGAGAAUCACUCGAAUCCUUGACCACAUCUCCAGCAAUCUUUUUGACCGAUCGGCUGAGUGGGCAAUCCUAUUUUCGGAGCUUAACCACCUCAGAAACGACGAAGCAGCGCGCGCCAGAUUCACUCACCAGCAAAUCUGGAAGAAGAUCCGGGGUACCCAAGCUGACGUCGAGGAUGAUUGGAGGGCACUGGGCGACCAUGGCGACCACGCCGACUACGACGGCCACGCCGACUACGACGACUACGAUAACUACAACGACUAUGAUGAUUAUGAUGACUACGGCGGCGACGACUACAACGGCGGCGACAACCACGGCGGCGACCACGGCGACGGCGGGCUGAUGGUAAAGAAAGUCUCUGCCCCAGAACAGACUCCCCAGCUGCGCCAUACUUAA